GGCGCGGAGGCUGGGAGCGCCAACCGCAGCGCGCUCGGGGAGUUCGGCGAGGCUCAGCUGUACCGCCAGUUCACCACCACCGUGCAGGUCGUCAUCUUCAUAGGCUCGCUGCUCGGGAUGUGGAACUGUUGAUGAAUUCCUUUCUAGCUGAAAUGCCUGAGUGGGAGCUCUGGUCUCCAUCCUUGUCACUGAUUUCCUGGCCAGCCUGUUUCUGGAUUGGGAGGAAUGAUAGAGUAACAGCAGUCCCAGGGAAGGAAACUUCAUGGUGUUAUGGUCAACUUGCCGCACAACCGUGUUCAAAUCUGUCACCAACAGGUUCAUUAAAAACCUAGCCUGCUCCGGGAUUUGUACCAGCCUGGCCUGCGUGCCCUUUGACAUCAUGCUCAGCACCAGUCCUCACUGCUGCUGGUGGAUCUAUACCAUGCUUUUCUGCAGGGUCGUCAAAUUUUUGCACAAAGUCUUCUGCUCUGUGACUAUCCUCAGCUUCCCUGCCAUUGCCUUGGACAGGUACUACUCCGUCCUUUAUCCCCUGGAGAGAAAAAUAUCUGACGCCAAGUCCCGCGAACUGGUGAUGUACAUCUGGGCCCACGCAGUGGUGGCCAGCGUGCCCGUGUUUGCGGUGACCAACGUGGCCGACAUCUAUGCCAUGUCCACCUGCACCGAAGUGUGGAGCAACUCCCUGGGCCCCCUGGUGUACGUGCUGGUCUAUAACAUCACUACAGUCAUCGUGCCCGUGGCUGUGGUCUUCCUCUUCCUGAUCCUCAUCCGCCGGGCCCUGAGCGCCAGCCAGAAGAAGAAGGUCGUCAUCGCGGCCCUGCGGACCCCGCAGAACACCAUCUCCAUCCCCUACGCCUCCCAGCGGGAGGCGGAGCUGCAUGCCACCCUGCUGUCCAUGGUGAUGGUCUUCAUCCUGUGUAGCGUGCCCUACGCCACGCUGGUCGUCUACCAGACCGUGCUCAACGUCCCCGACACGUCUGUCUUCUUGCUGCUCACUGCCAUUUGGCUGCCCAAGGUGUCUCUGUUGGCCAACCCUGUGCUCUUCCUGACUGUGAACAAGCCUGUCCGCAAGUGCUUGGUAGGCACGUUGCUGCAGCUGCACCGUCGCUACAGCCGCCGGAACGUGGUUAGCGCGGGGGGCGGGGCGGCCGGCGCGGGCCUGGAGCCCAGCCUGCGCUCGGGCAGCCAGCUCCUGGAGAUGUUCCACAUCGGGCAGCAGCAGAUCUUCCAGCCCGCGGAAGAUGAGGAGGAGAGUGAGGCCAAGUACACUGGCUCGGCUGACCUCCCGGCCCAGGAGAUAGUCGCGCCCUGCCUGCAGGGAGAGCAGGGCCCGCAGCGUACACCUGCUGCGCCACUCCUGGGCGCCGCGGACUGUGUUUCCCAGGGGGCGCCUGCAGCCCCUGUGGAGCCCGAGACGCUGCCUGACAAGUACUCCCUGCAGUUCGGCUUUGGGCCUUUCGAGUUGCCUCCUCAGUGGCUCUCAGAGACUCGAAACAGCAAGAAGCGGCUGCUUCCCCCCUUGGGGAACACGCCAGAGGAGCUUAUUCAGACAAAGAUGCCCAAGGGAGGCAGGGUGGAGCGGAAGAUGAGCAGAAACAAUAAAGUGAGCAUUUUCCCAAAGGUGGAUUCCUAGUCAGGAUGGUCGAGCUCCCCACACUCCUGCCUUUCCUUCACUCUGGCUGGCCCCAGGAUUUGGGGCAUCUCGUUGCAACCAAGACCCCGUUGCCUCCUCCUGCGCGGGCCCUUUUGAAUGAGUGGGAGAAGAUCAGUUGUCCUCUUUAUUGAGGGAGUCUACGUAUGUAUCUCUGUGAUCUGUGUCCUUGGUGAAGUGUGCAUUCCUCUCUGUGGAGACAAAAGGUGGGCAGUGUGCGACGGGUCUUGGGAGGGGUACUCCGUGUGCGUUUUCGGAGGACUCCUUGGUUCCUGGGCCUGGCAGGGAGUAGGGGAGAGAAGAACAUCUGUGAGCUCGGAGGGAGCAGGGGCACCCUGAGGGAAGCCCAAGAUAAUCAUGGAGUGGUGUGGCCACAAAGAAAAGGCCUAUUUGAUUGACUCCAGUAGGAUGAAUACUAAAAAACGUUUCAUAUAGAUCUGUAUCUUCAGGGGAGAUAGGGACUUGGCAUUUGACACCUUUUCUCUGGAAAGCCUGAUCGGCUGAAUCAGUUUCUCCUGAAGCCCUUCAUCUCUUUCCCUGGGAUGUAGAUGAAGAAAAGCGCUUCCACCCCCAUUUGACAGACAAGGCAAUAGGUGGGCCUGAGGGUCAGGGAGGAGAUAUUCUGUCUCGAAUAUCCUGACAUUUUUCCUGGCACUACUGAAAGCCUCACGAAGUCUGUCUGCAGUGUUGGUUGGAAAACACUACAAGUGCUUUACUAUGUCUUUCCCCCUUAAAUUGCGUUUUUUUCAAUCAAUGAGAGAGAAGCUAAGAGGUAGAGAAGAAAGACAGAAAUGCCCAUACCCUGUAGGUCUCUCUUCUCUUCCAGUGUUGACUUCAUGUGAAAGGGGCCAUGUCACCAUCAGUAGGAGUGAAGUAUAUUGAAAAAAAAAUGACCCUGUGCAAACUUUUGGAAUUAAAAGGUAAUUUAAAAAUGCAGAGUUAGUGUAAACGGUCCUCUGGAAACAUCAAGCUAAAAAUACUGGAUUAGGGAAGGUGAUGCUGCCAUAAGAGUGAGAGAAGUCAAAGAUGGCUUCCUUCUGAUGAGGACUCCAGAACCCAGGUGUGGCCAGCCUCAUGCUCAGUCUCUUUUCGCAACUAUGGUUCUCCCUUCAUUUUGGGCACAAAGGACAGGGAGAAAGAUUUUAAUCAUUUUAAAAUGCCAAGUUGGCACCUAGCCCGGGGAAGCCCUUCACUUCCUCUUUUCUGGUAAAGUUUUAGCAGGAAUCAGAGUGGAUAGAGCAGGAGGACAGUGUCCUCAACAGAUUAGCCUCCUGGCGGGGGUGGGGGGGGUUGGGGGGUGAGGGCGGGCUCUCACAAGCAAUUCAAGUCUUCUUCGGGGUGGAUUCCACCAGGCUAAACUCAAACCAUUGAUGACACUUCACUUUGAAUGAUGGCAAAUCAAGUGCCAGUUCCCCUCUGCUCUCUAGGACAUUUUGUUCUUGGUAAUAGUAUGUUGGGGGGUGUGGGCAAUCCAGUGCCUCGAGCAAGCUUGAAUGAAAGUGGACAUUCUCACUGGCCAACUUCCUUCCACAUCCCAAAGGCAGUGGCCCUCACUGAUCACUUACUAAAACCGCACUGACUUGUCCCUCGGAGGAAGCUCAGACUAUGUGUAGGGAGUUUCCUUUUCCUGUUCUCUUCCUGGGUGUGGUGUCUUGUGAUUCCAGAAUAUGAACCCAAAGUCCCUUCUCCAGGAGAGGGAAAGCCUUCCUCUCCGUGUUGUGUCUCCUUGCCGUGUUGUGUGCUCUCAGCACAAACGAGGGCUGCCACACCCUCUCUUGGCGCCCCUCCCCCACCUCCCAGGCCCUUUGUGCAUGCCCUGGUAGUUAACUGUGGCCCUUCAAACUUAUCUUUCAAAACCUUCACAGUUGUUACAACGUUCCUCCAGGGGAAACGUAAUCUGUCAGAAAAUUGUGUUUACUUUAGAAGAACCUGUCAAAUGUAGCCACUUUGGUGUUGUUCUGAUAAUAUAUAUGUACAUCUUAACACAUUCUGGUGAGGCAGAAUUUGGGAGUUAUUUCUUAUGUAUGUUUGAAGCGGAUGGUUGACUUCUAACAGGUCAUUGCCAGGUGUAUUUCUAUAGUCUUUGAAGAAUUCCAUUUUAAUAAAAAACUGAAAAGCUGUUU